UAUAUAGUCGCCGGACCCCGUCUCUCUCUUUACACACACACACACACACAAAUACAUAGAGAUCUCGAUCAGCCCAUGUGUUUGACCCAAAUCGCUCUUAUUCACUUAUUAUAGUCUCAUCACAUCAUCCCUGUCUUUCAAUUUCCUAACUUUCGACUUCUGAAGGUUGUUUGAGUUUAAUCUUGAAAAGAUCAUGGCUCUUGAUGGUGUUGAGACUGAGUUGGUCCAUGUGCCUGUCGAAAACGGGAAGAAAGAGAGCGUUGUUAAUGGGCAUGUCAGCGAAAAUGAAUCAGGUACUCAUGUGAGUGAAUCGGUUCGUGUUGAAACAGCACCUGAGCCUAGCUUUCCAAAGGAUGCAGUUGAAGACUGGCCAGUAAAGAAAGAGCCUCACUAUUUUUAUUUUGUUAAAUACCGAACGGUUGAAGACCAAAAUGUGAAAGCUAAACUUGAGCAGGCUGAUAAGGAACUUAGAAAGCUUAAUCAAGCCCGGGAUCCAAUCAAUGAGCAGCUGAAGGCAAAAAGGACUGAACGAGCACAAGUGAUAAGUCAACUUAAGGCUCUUCAGGAAGAGAAAAAACAAAAAAGGACAAUCUUGGAUGGUAAGAGAAAAGAAAUGGAACCUUACAAGCUGGCUUUGGACAAGUUAAAGGGUACAGGCAAUUCUAAUAGAGACAAUAAAAGUUACAUAUGCUCGUCUGAGGAAGAGCUAAAUGAUAAUAUCAAGAGUAUGCAAUACCACAUUCAGCAUAACAGUAUUACCUUGAAGGAGGAAAAACAAAUCAUUAAAGAAAUCAAAAAUCUUGAAGCAACAAGGGGCCAGGUUAUCGCAAAAGCUGCUAUGAGAGCAGAAGUUCAAAAAUCAGUUGGUGAAAAGGAUGCCAUUCAAGAUCAGGUCAAACUUAUUGGUGUGGAUCUUGAUGUUGCCCGCAAAGAUCAACAGGCUGUUCAGGCGAAAGUAAAGACGCUUGAGGCUGAAAAAGAGGCCAUAAACAGCGUGAUUGAUUCUUUAGAUGAGGAAUGGCGUGUGGUGGGCGAAAAAAGGGAUAAGGUUUAUGAUAAGAUUCGUGGAUUGAGGAAUGAACGCGAUGAAGGGAAUACUUGCUUUUUCCAGAACCGCUCGCUAUUAAAUAAUGCAAGAAUGCUGGCUGCAAAUAAGGAUGUUGAUGCCCUUAAAGAGCUUUCGACGUCUGAGGUCGACAAGUUCAUGUCCGAGUGGAAUACUAGUAAAGCGUUCAGGGAAGAUUAUGAGAAAAGAAUAUUGCAUUCGCUUGACAUGCGCCAGCUAAGCAAGGAUGGGCGUACGAGGAUUCCUGGAGAGAAACCCUUAAUUUCACCAGAACUUCCCACCCCUGUUCCUGUUGAGACAGAGGUUGUAGCAAAGCCUAAAGCAAAACAACCAAAGGAAGAUCCUGUGCCACCUCUAGUUGAUUCAGUCGAGAAAGAAAAAGACGGGAAAAAGUCAAAAGAGGCUAAUGGUACAAUAAAGGGUAAAAAGGAGAAAAUUGUAGUUGAAGAAGAAGAGGUUUUUGCUUUGGAGAAGAAACCUGUGAAAGCAGAAGUUGAUGAGUCGAAGCUGAAAGAGAUCAAAAGAGAAGAGGAGAUUGCAAAAGCUAAACAAGCUUUGGAAAGGAAGAAAAAGCUAGCUGAAAAAGCUGCAGUAAAAGCUCAAAAGAAAGCUGAGAAGGAAGCUGAGAAGAAGCUUAAGGAGAAGGAGAAGAAAGAGAAGAAGAAAAUGCAGGCUUCUACCCCAGCUGUUGAGGUUCCAGAGGAAGCAGCCGUGGAGGAGGCUGUAGAGGAACCUGAGGAACAAAAGGCUGAAGAAAAGGUGCAAACCACAAUAAAGAGCAAAGAAAGGAAGGAUGGUUUGAGGGUGAGAAGCAGAGGCAACAGGGGUAAAGGCUCCGAUUCCAUUUCAAAGGUGAUUCUGAAACGUAAGAAGUCAAACAAUUACAUGUAUUACUAUGCUGCUGCUGCUGCUUCAAUUGUUGUUGUGCUAUUAGCGGUUGGGUAUUACCUGUACGCUUAGAUGGAUGCGGGAUCCUUUGGGCUGAACAAACGAUUACAUGUGGUCCGACAGUAAUUUUUUUUCUUUUCUUUUUGGUUCUUUUUUACUUCGUUGCGGACUGAGAACUAUAUAUGGUUUAGAAAGAGUUAGUCUGAAACAAAUGUACCAGAGCAGGAUGAUUAGUGUACUUUUUUUUGACAUUUCGGUUUUGAUAAGAAACAAAAUGUUAUGUGAUA